CAUUCUUUUGAGGAAGCACGUGGCUUUCAGCCGAAAUUACGUUAUAUAAAAUAUCGACAUUUCAGUUAUUUCGUUUUAUUUUGAGUUUAUUUCUUUUGCAAAAAUGAGGUGUAUUAUACUGGUGUGUCUGUUAGGAUUGUCAUUUGGAUUUGAGGACAAGACGGUAACCGAGUACCUUUUUGAUAAUAGUUACACGGUUCUCUACGGAGCCUUACAGUCAACGGGUCUCACGGCGGCUCUAAAUGGAAGUGGACCAUUUACAAUAUUUGCGCCAACAGAUGAUGCAUUCCGAGGCGUUUCCUUAAAUGGCCUAACCACAAACCAAUUGGCCAGCAUACUGAAAUACCACGUAGUGGGAGAAUUCGUGCUAGUCCCUAUGAUUUCCCAGUCCACAACUAAAACAACGCUUGAUAAUCAGGACUUGAUCAUUGAACCGUCGGGAGGAGGGAGUUUGUUGAUCAACAGACUGACUUCUAAUUCAGCAAAUGUAGACGCUGGAAACAAUGACAUCAUUGUUAACAAUGGUGUCAUACAGCCAAUUGACGCAGUUUUGAUGCCUCCAGUACUACCGACUGCAGCUCCAACAACACCACCUCCGACCACACCAUCUCCUGCCGUUUACAACAUAUACCAAGUCUUGAUUAGAGAGGAUACACGUUUCCUGGACCUUUCCUUGGCUUUGUUGCUUGCAGAUCUUACUUCUGUCCUAGAGAGCAGUGAAUACACUUUGUUUGCACCGACCGAUGCCGCAUUUGCAGUUUACAAAGACAACUUACUCAGCCCAGAUUCUCCCAAUGCACAGACAAUAUACCAAGAGGUUUUAAAAUACCAUGUUGUUCCUGGUGGCCGACGCGCAAGCCAACUGAAAACUGGAGUACUUUAUACACUGCACGGAACACCACUUAACGUCACCGUUGGAUCAGGUGUGAUGAUCAACAAUGCUAAUGUUAUUGAUGCAGACAUUAUGGCAACAAACGGAGUAAUUCACGCUAUUGACAAGCUUUUGAUACCUCAAGACAUCAACCAGAUAGCCGGUGGUACUAGUGGAAAAAAAUAAAAAAUAAACAUUUUAUUAACCUGUCAGAUAUAUAAUUGUAUACGUAGUCAGAAAGCUCAGUGUUACAAUCAAACGUAAAUAUUGAUUUCUGAACACUUGCUUUUUGAUAUUUUCAUUUUAUUUAAAACGUAUUGAAAUUAAUUAACUGUACAGUAACAGACAAGUAUUUUACACAAGUUGUCAUAUUCUAAUUUUGUUGAAUAACCAUUAGAUGGCAAAGUUAAUUUUCCUAAUGAGGCUCGUUUAAUGGGCAUGGGAUAUUUGGCGAAAAUGCCCGCGAAAGAUCGGAAGAAUUCAACUUUGAGGAAUAUUAGUAGGGAAAAUAGCGUAUUUAUUACAUAAUUAUAUACAUCACAUUAUCGCAUGGCAUUUUCAACCUGCAAAUUCAGUCGAUUAUACAUAAAAAACGAGUUAAGAUACUGGUUUCAGGACACUAAGUUUUGAGGCUGAAAAUAGCUCAAGCUGCCAACCAAAUGAGACCUGCACUGUAUUAUCUUCAAACGACUGACCUAAAUCGGAUAUAAUAUUUUAGUAACAUAAAACUAGACGUAAACAAUGGUGGUCAAGAAAAAGUGACGAUUAAGCCAAAUUUGAGCUGCAUCUGGUAUUACCGUUCUCGUUAGGCUGACAGUCGACACCUCGGUCUAGAUUUCGGACCCGGCCGACUUGAAGCAUUCUGUCUUUUGUACAGCGACAAUUCAUUUGUGGAAUCCUUGGUUCUAUAAUAAUCAUAACCAACUGAAUAUAAGAGCCUGAAAAAUA